GGGCCUUGUCCACGGCAGCCAAACUCCCAUCUUGGUCGAGCUCCUCUGCCCAGCCUGGGGGUCUUGGGAGUAGGCUGAAAAGAAGUACCUCAGAGGCUCCAAACGAUGCCCACCUCCAGCCCAGACACUGGGCACCAGCGGGCUCCUCCUCCCCAACGCCCAGGCCCUUAUCAGGAAGCAAUUUGGGUUGGGGGGGAGGGGAAGUCCGAGGCCCCAGGCUCCGGCAAGGUGGGAAGGAGAGAUAGGGAAGUGGGGAGGGGGCCCCGGGGCCCUGCUGGGAGGGCCUGAGGAUGGAAGGGAUGCCCAGAGCCAGCGCUGUCCUUGCUGGCCUGGCUCUUGACAUGGUUCCAGAGCUGCCUUCCCUCCUUGCCAGGCAAGGCGCCCGCACCUUUAAUUAGCAAGCAGCAGCCUCUCCCCGAUUCAUCUCAGUCACUGUUUAAUUAGCCGCGCACAAGGCACCCCUACCCCCCAGCUCUGGGUUGAGCAGCCUGCCUCUCUCACGGAGGCUGCCACCACCUCAUGGUGUCCCUUGUCACACACACCCCCCUCCUCGUACUUAUUCUGCUCCCCAGAAGGGGGGAUGGGGCGGGCACGCCUGGCUGAAACCUCAAGGAGAUUCUGGGCACUGACGCUUGUAUUCAGAGCAUCCAGCAAACAUUAUUAGGGCUUCGAGUCUGCGCCAGGCUGGCGCUGGGCAGAACCUAGGCUGGAUGGGGGCAGCCGGCCUCGGUCCCGUCCAGCUGCUCCACAGCGGCUUUACCCUUUGGGAGGUGCCGGGCCACCUCUUCAGCUGGACCCAGGGUGUCGGGAAAAGCCUAAUUAUCCUCCCUGUUCCUCCCCCUGCCCCCAUCCAGAAAGGAACCACCAUUUCUUCCUUUUCCUCCCCCGCCCCAGAGCCAGCAAGCCCCCUGAGAAGGCUGCAUCCCCUGGAACAGAGAAGACCCUUCCUUCGAGCCCUGCCUCCACAGCGGUCAGGUCCCAGAGACCA